UGUUCAUCGUACCGUCGUGGUGAAAAGAAACUCGCUCCCGAGAUGAUCCGACAAAUUCUGCUGAAAAACGACAUUCUCGUCAGGUUGGUGGCGGCCAGAGCAUACAGCCAGCCUACACCACCGGCCGGACCGAAAGGACCAUCGGCACCACCAGCUCCACCGGCGGAUGUUCCCGGGCUAAGCUCGCGCUGCGUCGCGAAGAAGGAUGGUCCGGUUGGGCCGGGUGCUGAACGGAACGGAACGUACAAGGUGCCGGAAUACUUUAGCUACAACCAAACCAGCUACUUUGAGGCGGAGAUUGAGAUGUCCAAGUUCCGCAUCCCGCAGCCAUCGGCAAAGAAUUGAACGGGAUGGUUUUCCGAAUGCAGCUGUAGAUAGA